AUGUCUUCACCGCAUCAAGGCAGUCUCACGCCAUCGACGAAUCCAGGCGGUUCGAGUUCUGACCCCUGCGGCUGGCCCAAGAUCAUUGGCCAGUACAUGUACAGCGUACCGACUGUUUAUGGUGCCCGAGUGGCUCGCUUCCAGAAGACGAGGAAGAAUUUAACGCCUGUGGGUCACAUGCAGACAUGUUUGGAUGGUGCACAGCCCAGCUGCAGUAUCAAAGCCAAGUUCGGAUUUCGCGAAAGAUGUCGACUCGGUUCCCCUGAAAGCCCUGGUCAAUUAUUCAACGGGAAGAGUAUCACAGCAGGUUGA